AUGGCUACUGGCGAGGGGAAGAGCCUACUGUUCAUGCUGCCCUGCAUCCUCCCUGAUGCUAGGGUGACGAUCUUGGUCUUGCCCCUUGUGUCUCUGCGAGGGGACCUCCUCCGCCGAGUCCGAGAGUUGGGGAUCGAUCACUUGGUGUGGGCGCCUGGCGAGCAGCAAGAUGCACCCUUGGUGUUUAUCACAAUUGAAGUAGCAUGUACGGAACAGUUUCGGACUUAUGCCCACAAGCUUGCGGCUACGCAAGACCUCGGCCGCAUUGUGUUUGAUGAGGCUCACUUGACCAUUACAGCGUCCGACUAUCGCCAGGCUAUGGUUGACCUCGCCUUGAUCCGCAACGUUCGUACGCAGUUUGUUUACUUGACAGCCACUCUACUACCGACAAUACAAGCUACGUUUGAAGAGCAGAAUAACCUAGUGAAUCCCAAAGUGAUCCGGGCAUCGACGAACCGGCGAAAUCUGUUCUAUCUGGUGCAGCGGGCCACUGGGCCAGGGAGUCUGCUUGAAGAAGGCGCGCGGAGGGCUAGGGAUGCUUGGCAAGCGAGUGGGCUACUUGACCAGACUCGAGACAAGAUUAUCCUCUACGUCCGAACGAGGGACGAGGCUAAGGAGCUGGCUGAGCUACUGAGCUGCCUAGUCUACACUGCUAAAGUCGGUAUAGCUGAGGAGAAGGAAGAGCUACUAAGAACGUGGCUUGCUACCCCUGAGCAGCCGUAUAUUGUAGCAACAUCAGCUCUAAGUGCAGGCUUCGACUAUGCACACGUCCGGCUCGUAAUGCACAUCAACGAGCCAGAUUCCCUUGUCGACUUUGCACAAGAGUCUGGGCGGGCUAGACGGGAUGGGAAGGAGGCCUACUCAGUUGUGCUCUUACCCCCUCGAUGGGUGUCACAAGUGGCCAAUGCUAUAGAGGCUGAGAAGGGGGUGCUCCACCGCUACUUGCAAGGCCAAGAGUGCCGCCGGACCUGCCUAAGCGCAUACCUUGACCUUGACAGCGGUCUAGUCGAGACGGCCUUGCCAGCGCCUCUUGUUACAACGCCACACACUGGGAGUGCAAUCAUCCAGCAGAAGCGGCGCGCAGCUUACCUCGAGCUUAGCCGGUACCAAGAAGACCUGCUCGCUGUCCAAGGGACGUGCCUGCUCUGUCGAGGGCUUGACGAGCCAUGGGACCACGCGUUUGCUACGUGCCACCGACGGUUCGACUUCUUCCAGGCCCGUGACCGGGUGAAGAGGCAGUGCGAGGGAGCUUGGAUUGCAGCAUUCCAGGCGUGCUACUGGUGCUACAACCCGCAGUCCGUCUGUCCGCGGGCAGAUCCAGCCAGUAGGUGCCAGAGCUGCGUCUAUGCCGAUACUGUCCUGCCGCUCUGCUACGGCAUCUUCCACGGAGGCGGGGCAGAGCAAUGGCUACUAGGGCAGUUCCAGCAGAGGUUUAGAGACGUCGAUGAGUUCCUAGCGUGGUGCGGCCAGGCGACGAGCUUUGGAGGAGGGAAGGCGAUCUAG